CGAAAGAACGGGUCUCUCAUUUCUCGGCCAUCGUCGAAAUAGCGUAGAGCAGUUACAAUUUGUACAACUUUUAUUGUUUCCGAUUUAUUUACUUCUCGAUCUCGUUUGCAACAACGUGCAGCGAUUGUGUUUUUUAAGUGACUAUCAAUCGUUUCUUCCCAAUAGCAGGAGUAGUGGUUGUGAUAAGAAAGAUAAAAUACUGCUAAAAAUAAACAGACGUUUUAUUUAUUAUUUUCAUGUCUUUGGGGUGUUACUAGGUUGUCUUAUGUGGUUUCGUCGAGGUCUCCCACAUUCAAAUAUUCGUCUACUUUUUCAGGAAAAAAAUUUUAAAUUCAACACCAGUUUCUGAAGACGUGUAUUUCUGUUCUUUUAUUGAGCGACGUGUUGACUCUUGCAUGCUCGUUAAAAAGAAAUAUAUAUUUAUUUUUUUAAAACCCAACAACGAUAAACUAGAACUUCCAUUUGUGUUUUCGGGAUCCACUGUGUAUUCACAUCAGAAUCUGUUAGAAGCAACUGUGUUUUUUUAUACGUCGACCAUUCUUAUGUACAAAGUAAGACCGAGCCGUGUUGUGGACUAAAGUGAGUACGAUCAAUUUGUGUCCCUGUCGCUCAUAAUAAAUAAUGUCAUGACCUUAAUUAAGCAGUUACGAGCGCAGUAAAACUUUCACCAAAAAAAAACCCAAACAAACAACGAGCAUUACUUGGUUACUUCAUUCAAUUCCAACGGACGUUUGAGUCGACACGUGUUUCGUGGUAGAGAAAAAUUACUCUCGAAAAUUUUCAAGGACGGCUGUUUUCUUUAUUCUACCUUUUACCAUUGACAUAAUUCAAGACUUUCGUUGUUAAAAGUGUAUAGAUCUACAAGCGUAUUAUUCUUUUACAAAUACGUCCCUCGAUAAAGCUGACAAAGUUAUCUUCGGCAUUCUUCGUUUUAUUGGCAAAUCCUAGACUAUCUCUGCGGCUUCUUAUUGUUCGCUGUGUUUUGUUUUAGUAAGUUUUUUUACGGCACUUGCAACACAAUAAGGUCAUAUAAGUGCCUGAUCGCUGUGUUUGGUUUGACUCAAACUUUGAGGGUACACAAAUCAGCGGUCUCGCUGGUGUAAUAAAUGCUAAGACUUUUAUGACGCAAUAAUUUUGCGUGUGGUUUAGUGGGGGCGUUUUCUCGGUUCUGUAAAUCAUUAUCCCAUUCGGUGAAGAGGAAAAAGUGAGGCUGUGUGAGCUAAUAGAAAUGAGGCAACUACAGCUGGGGAUGGACGGGGAAAGUUCCCUAGCGGAGGAGGAUUUGGAGCAAGAGGAGAAACCGUUACCCAAGAUCAACGUCCUUCAACCUAUGACUCAUGACACGCUGGACAACGGAAAGUUCACCUCCUACAAGUUGUCUCUCGUGGAUGAUGAAAGUGGACACAGUGCUGUCCGACUUCACCUUCCACCUGUUUGUCCAGACCGACCUGACCACGCGGGAGAUAGAGAGCUACUUCCAGGGAACACUGUCCGAGGACUUGCUGGCCAGUGUAUGGCAACGCAACGGACACCUCCAUGGCGACGAACGGAUCAGUGUCCCCUACGAACCACAGGAAAUCGUGAUGAACGAGGAAGACAGGUUCCUGAACAGCCUUCGAACUGUUUCCUCUUCCAGUCUGGUCGAUUCUUUUUCCUUGAACUCUGACCCUAAGCCCACGGACGACUACUCCGAGAAUACGCCUAGGCCUAAAGGCCUGUCCUAGUCCUAGAGGAGGAUGUGGGACAUGAUCUUUUGGGAAGGGGACUCAUUUACUUAAUCAAAAGAGGGGGCUGUCAGAUCAAAUUUAGAUGGAAGGCAAAGAGGUUAUAUAUUAUAUAGAGCUCGCAGCAGUGACGCCAUACGUGAGAGAGACAUGGGGGUCUUCUUUUCCUCGUCGGCAUGGCCGUUGCAACCCCAUUUAGAUGAACAACCUGAGCCCCCACCCCGCUCUUCACGAGCUCUAGUAGGCUAAAUUAUAAACACCACUCUGCCCCCAUAUUUCAGUGUAAGUACAAGUUUGUAGAUUUCUCCCUAAGACCGCGGAGACGCCUCCGUGUGAUUUGCGUCAUCCGUCUGUUGAACUGCGCAUGUCUUGCUUUCCCGCCUUGAGGUUCAGCGUCCCAGAGCGGGCACAGACAACCCCCGUUCGUUUAACAUGCGGAUAACUUUAGAACGAUAGAUGUACGCCAUUGGCCGAUAUUUAUGGUAACAGCUGACGUCAUAGAGGGAUUCCCACUUUGCUGUCUUUCACGUUGGCAACACGACCGCAAAGCAGUAUUUUUAAA